AUGCUAACCAAAGGACUUGCUCUGCGCUCAGUCCUGGUCAAGAGUUGCCAGCCUUUCUUGAGUGCUACCCUUCAGAGUCCAGGGCAUCCCAGGGCACCCACUAGAGGAGGAGCUGGCGUCUCUACUCAUAGCCCACGCCCCUUCAAAGAGAUCCCUUCCCCUGGUGACAAUGGAUGGAUAAACCUGUACCAUUUCUUGAGGGGAGAAGGCGCACACAGAAUCCACUAUCACCAUGUUCAGAAUUUCCAGAAGUAUGGUCCCAUUUACAGGGAGAAGCUCGGCAGUGUAGAGUCCGUUUAUAUCAUGGAUCCUGAAGACGCGGCCUUGCUCUUUAAGGCUGAAGGUCCCAUCCCAGAGCGGUAUCUCAUCCCACCCUGGGUCGCCUAUCACCAGUAUUACCAGAAACCCGUGGGAGUCCUGCUGAAGACAUCGGAAGACUGGAAGAAAGACCGAGUGACCCUGAACCAGGAGGUGAUGUCUCCAGAGGCCACCAAGAACUUCGUGCCGCUGUUGGAGGCAGUGUCUCGGGACUUUGUCAGAGUCCUGCACAGACGCAUCAAGCAGCAGAAGUCUGGAAAUUUCUCAGGGGACAUCAGUGAUGACUUGUUCCGCUUUGCUUUUGAGUCCAUCACUAACAUCAUAUUUGGAGAGCGUCUGGGGAUGCUGGAGGAGAUCGUGGACCCCGAGUCUCAGCGGUUCAUUGAUGCCAUCUACCAGAUGUUCCACAGCAGUGUCCCCAUGCUCAGCCUGCCCCCAGGCCUCUUCCGAUUCUUUAGGACCAAGACCUGGAGGGACCAUACGGCAGCAUGGGACUUGAUUUUUAGCAAAGCUGACAAAUACAUCCAGAACUUCUACUGGGACUUGAGACAUAAAAGAGACUUCAACAAGUAUCCCGGCAUCCUCUACAGACUCCUAGGAAGUAACAAGAUGCCCUUUGAAAACAUCCAGGCCAACAUAACCGAGAUGCUGGCAGGAGGUGUGGACACGACGUCCAUGACACUGCAGUGGCACCUGUAUGAGAUGGCACGCAACCUGAAGGUGCAAGAGACGCUGCGGGCAGAAGUUCUGGCUGCCCGGCGCCAGGCCCAGGGAGACGUGACCAAGAUGCUGCAGCUUACCCCCCUUCUCAAAGCCAGCAUCAAGGAGACACUGAGACUCCACCCCAUCUCCGUGACCGUGCAGAGAUACCUUGUGAAUGACUCAGUGAUUCGGAAUUACAUGAUUCCCGCUAAGACAUUGGUGCAGGUGGCUAGCUAUGCCAUGGGCCGAGAACCUAGCUUCUUCUCCAACCCGAACAAUUUCGACCCAAGUCGUUGGCUGGAAAAAGAUAAGAAUGCCACCUACUUCCGGUACCUGGGCUUUGGUUGGGGUGUGCGGCAGUGUCUGGGCCGGCGGAUUGCAGAGAUGGAGAUGACCAUCUUCCUUAUUAAUGUGCUGGAGAACUUCAGAAUUGAAGUGCAACAGAUUAGUGAUGUAGGUACCAAGUUCAGCCUCAUCCUGGUGCCUGAUGAGCCCAUCUUCUUCACCUUCCUGCCUUUCAAACAGGACCCAGACCAGGCAUGA